UGACAUUGUUGGACAGUAAGCUCAAAUCUCACUUUCAAAUCUCACUUGGAUACAUCUCUUGUCUUCUUCAUUCUCAAAAGCGAUCACCCCAGAACCAUGUCCGGCAACGCCAAACGCCGUCUCCAAGCUCUCAGCCAGCAGCUGGUCGAAGGCAUCCCCGACGCCGGGACCUUCGAGGAUAUUCCCCGCAUCCGAUCCAUUGCCCCUGACUCCGUGGGACCUCGGGUGAAGGACAAAGUCGCUAUCGUCACCGGCGCCAACUCCCCCACCGGCAUCGGCCGCGCCACGGCGCACCAAUACGCGCACAACGGCGCGGCAGCCGUCUACCUCUGCGACUUCGUCGACACGCACCUAGCGACACACAAGCGGGAGAUUGAAUCCCUGUACCCUGCGACAAAGGUGUACAUCCGGCGGUUCGACGCCGCGGACGAAGGGGCCGUGCAGACGGUGGUGGCCGAGGCGCUGGGCGCGCACGGCCGGCUGGACAUCUUCUUCGCGAACGCGGGCGUCGUGGGGCAGCAGAAGCUGCUGACGCAGAUCACGGCGGAGGAGUUUGCGGAUACGUUGCGCGUGAAUACGGUGGGGGUGUUUCUGGCCGUCAAGUACGCUUCGACCGCGAUGCAGCAGACGUCCGCCGCCAAGCCCUACCCGGGCGGCUCGAUCAUCUGCACGGCCUCGGUGGCGGGCCUGCGGUCCAACGCGGGUUCGACGGAUUACUCGGCCUCCAAGGCGGCGGUGGUCAACAUCGCGCAGACGGCCGCCUUCCAAUUGGCGGGGACGGGCAUCCGCGUCAACGCCAUCUGCCCCGGCCUGAUCGAGACGGGGAUGACGCAGCAGAUGUUCGACGCCGCGCGCGCCCGCGGCACCCAGCGCAAGCUCGGCCAGCUGAACCCCUUGCAGCGCGGGGCCAUCGCCGACGAGGUCGCGCGCGUCGCCCUGUUCUUGGGCAGUGACGAGGCCAGCUACGUCAACGGGCAGGCCUGGGCCGUUUGUGGCGGACUGAGUGCUGGACACCCGUUCGUGCCGGGGAAAUUGGCCUAAACGAAACACGCACGGUUCGGUACAGGUGACAGUACAAAGGACAUUGGACAGCGUGGAUUGGGGGUGAUAAGUACUUUU